UUUAACUAUAGCUAUGGCAACAAGAGUAGAGAUCAACUCUGCUCUAGCAUCCUUAACAAUAUCUGACUUAAAUGAAAUUACAAGUGAGGAUAAAACACAACGCACAUACAUCAAGCCUCUUUUGGAUGCAAGUAAUAAGGCUGGUCAACCUUCUAAUCCUUCGGCACCAAUAAUUCUUGAAGAAAAAAACAAAUUUGGGAGCACUUGGAGACCAGCAACUAUGCCUACUCCCGGAUCAAGACCAAGGCUUUCUGCAAAGCCAUUUUCUAAGGAGAAACCUUCAGAUACUUUUGCGAAUGUGAAACCUCCUGUUACUGCUCUCAAACCAAGUAAUUUUUUCCCCAAGUUCUCUGUGUAUGGACAGCCUACUGAAGACAUGACAUCUGCUAAGGUGUCAAGUGGAGAUGUCCCUCUAUUAGUAGAUCAAAACCUAAUUGAAAAUGAAAAUAAAGGCAACAAUGAAUUAGUCACAAAUGUGGCCUUUUAUUCCAGUCCCAGUAGAAAUACUGUGAUUCUUUUUGAAACAGCUAGCACUGAAAAAUCCAAGGUAAAUUUAACACAAGGUAAAAUAUCUGUUGAUGAGCACAGAACACUUGGCACUGUACAGACAAAAGAGUGGCAAGGUAAUGCAAAGCCUGAGAUGAUAUCUCAGCCAUCAAUGACUUCCAGAAAACCUGAAGGUGGUCUGCAUAGGCAAAUAUCUUUUUCAUCAGACCUCAAACCAGUCUCUUGGAAUCCUCACCAAUCUGAUGAAAAAAAACACACAUGUGAAGAUCCAAUAGGUGAGAGAACCAACGAUGUUGCAAAAUAUGCCAACAGCGAAGUUGGCUUAUUAACUGAAGUGCAACGAAAGCUAAAACAUAGACCUGUAUCUGCUGUUUUUCUGGAAUCGUUAAAAGAUCAAAAGCAUAGCAAUUUGGAAGUCUCUGAAGAAAAAUCUCCUACAGAGAAAUCAUGGGUUAGAAAACCAAGGCCUUUGUCCAUGGAUCUAACUGCCAAAUUUGAAAAUAAAGACUUUUCUCUGUGCAAGAAAACGUGUCCAUCUGAUGAGAUUAAGGCGAAUGUACCAGUAAUUCACUUCACUGACAUAGGCUAUCAAGAACAGUCUGAAAUGAGGUCUAAAGCUGAAGAAAUAGAUUUGAAUAAAGGUGAUCCCUCUAAAUCAAAUUUGAAAUGUAACAAUCAGGACAUUGACUUUCUUGAUGUUAAAAACAAAUGUAGUGAGCAAAACCAGAAAGUCUUUCCAAAAGAUUUAGACCCAUCAAGCCCAAAUUAUACAAAAGACUUGAUACAGAUCUCUGCUAAAGAUAAAAAAUACCCUUGGGAACCUAAACAGAAAUCUAAAGAUGAACAAAAUGAGAAAAAAAUGGACAUUGUAACUAACUUACAUGGAUCAGAAAAAAACAAGGAAAUGGCUAAUAACAAAAGCAAAACAAUUAAAGAGGUGGAAAUAUUGGAUCAAAAGGAAACUUCCAGAGUUUUAGCCAGUGAAAACUCUACAGAUUCCUCAAAAAAAGAAAACAAGACCUUGAGGGGAAGCGUUAAAAAGCACAUUUGUUUGUUUGCUGGCUCAGAAAGCAGCACUACUCCAACGGAUACCGAGCCUCUCCCGGCAGCCACUGAGAGGGAAAACAGAAAUGUGAACAUCCAACAGAGAAUCAGAGAACUGACAACAGAAAAUACAGAUGUUAAGCCAGGAAAUCUACGCAGAUCACUCAAGUCACGACCACUUUCUGCAGACUUAACAAAGAAGUUUUCAAGCCCAGCAUCAACCAAUGAAAUUAAACAAGAGAAGCCUACUGAAUUGAAUAGUGAUGUUUCUAGUGAAACACAAGAAAAUCAAAAGAGUAUGGAGAUGAAGCCUCCUCCUGGAGCAGAUUGUACUGAGAUCUGUGCUAUUGGGAAUCAGUGGAAACCACGACAGACUGUAAAAAUAUCAGAGAAAGUUGAUCAGAUCGAAAGAAAAGGAAGCUUUCUGAGAGAGAGGCAAAAUUUCUCUUUGCAGGGUGAAAACUCUGUGUCAGCCACAAAUAACUUUGAAAAAAAAUUAAAACCCACCAUUCCUGCAGAAAAGACACAUUUAAAAACUGUCCGAGCCACCAUGUUUGACCACAAUGUCCAGAGGCAGAAUGUUGCUGCUGGUCACCCUGUAGUUGAUCCUACUCGAAAGCUGACUAAUGAAUUUGAAGGCAAAUAUGAUGUUGUGACUUUACUAGGCCAUAACAGAAGAUCUGGGAUGGAAAAAGAAUUACAGGAGAAAACUUGUUCAAAGAGAGAGGAUCACAGUCAGUCUGAUGUAUCAGGAUAUGUAGCGGAUGCAGAAAAACGUGGAAAAACAAUUUAUCUAAAUGAAGACAAGAAAAUUUCUCAUGCAGUUCCAGUGGAAAAAUAUUCUUCAUGUGCGAAAUGUGAAAAACCCACUCCUAAGCAUGUAGAGGACUCUCUAAUUUACCAACGAAUAGAGCCAAGAUAUGAAAUCCUUCAGACUUUUGGUAAAAGAGCACUUAGUGAAGCUAUUACAGUAGUUCCUGAAGAUAAGGCUGUGACACUCAGAACUAGAAAAUCUUCUGUGAAAGAGAAGAGAGAACCUGAUGGGAAUGUCUUACAUGCUGAUGAGCUGUGCGGGCUAGAUAAUAAAACUGACCCAUUGAAAGAAGGUAGUUUUAUUUCAGAAACUAAAGACAUGUUGGAAACUUCUACAAAAAAGUUUACUUUUAAGGAACCUAAAGAUACCUUCAACAGCAAAUGUACUUUCCAUGAACAGAUAACCGAGUACAAUAAAAAUCAGAGCGAACUGGUAUUUAUAACUGAGAAAUCAUCUUAUGCUAUAAACAAAAGUACGGAUUUGGGGACAGCAAAUGAAAAAAUGACACAAUUGCAUCCUGAAAUGCAAAAAGAAAAGAAUGAAAUCUCUUGCACAGAUAAAACAGAGAGCUCUAACGUGACCAAAUACUUUUCUGAGAGAGCUGGUAUAAAACCAGUUAGGACAGAUGGCUAUGAAUCCAGAGCUGUCUUGGGCCAAGAUGUUGUUUCAGCCAGUGCCAAUAAACAUGGGAGUCAGAUUUCAGUGCCUGGAUAUAGCCAAUUGUAUAAACCCUCCAUGGACCAGCAUCCUAGCACAGAAGUAAUAACUGCUGAUAAAGAGAAAUCCAGAGUUUUUGGAUUAAGGAAAUAUCCAGACUCAAAUUGUGUAAGAAAAGAUUUAGGCUUAGAUGUUGCAGCCCUUGAAAAUGAGAGAUACAAACUCAGAUUAGUAGAACCAGAAGAAAAAGUCAGAAGAACCAGUAGUAGUGUUUCUGACCUUAAAAUUUCAGAAAGAUGGCGAAGGAAGACCUUGCCUCAGGACUCUAGCAAGCUAGAAGAAGUUGGCCCACUAACUCAAGAAAGUAUUAAAAGGCUGAGUAGAACAGAUUCAUUGCAAUUUGAUGAAGGUGCAAUAAUGAAAAAGAGUAAAAGAAGCAAAGAUGGGAUAGAAUCAAAGGAGGUGAACCACACAGUUUCAGUCAGUCCUGAUUAUUUGAAGAAGCAAGUUUCUCCCCUUGAACCAAAGGCAACCUAUUUUGCAGUUACAUAUCAGAUUCCUGGUAAAAAAGAAAAAAGCUCUGUAAGUACUGUUAAUGCAAAUGAAAAUAGCCAAAUUACUACAGUAGUUGAAAGUGCACCAGUUAAUCUGAACUCUGGUUCUUCCAGAAGGUCCAAGCCUACAUCUCAGCAAUCCUAUAAAAAUGUACCGAGUACACAUUGUAAAGAUAAGUCCCUAGAGGAAUGUGUUAACAAGCAUUGGGCUAAAGAGGAAGAACAAGAUAUUCUAAGUUUAAAAAAAAUAUAUCCAGUGCUUGGAGAGGAUGAUAAUAGGAGGUCUUGUGAGAGAGGGCUGGAUCAUGCUAAAGAGAAAAUUAUAGGUGUUGAUUCUUUCCUCUUAAAACAGGGCCUGAAAAAUACUAUUCAAACUGAUCUUAAAGGUAGUGGAGGAAAAGUCUCCUCAUACCAUGAGGCAAAAUCCAUGCAACACUUCAGGCAUUCACACAACGACAGUGAACUAUUUACACACAAGAAGUUUGGGGAAGACAGUCACGAUGUGUUCAGAGUAAAGACUGAAGAUAAGUAUAGAUCUAGAGUUCUUGAUAUUGAUGCUCUUAUGGCAGAAUAUAAAGAAGACUACAUAAAGGCCAGUGACAUUCAAGAAAAAAAGGAUGACCAGUUCUCUGAAGAUCACAGUACGUUUUAUUGGGAGAUGUCAAAGUACAAAAACAAUGUGGCUGAUAAAAUUCCACACAACUAUAACUGGAAAGAUUGGAAGAACUUGGAUCAAUUUGCUAGUAUCACUAAACAAGGUACCUGUGCAGAAGAACACCACAGGCCUGAGAAGUUAACGCUACAUGAAAACAGCAAAGAAAAACUGGAGUCUGGUAGCCAAGAAUGGAGUAAGCAAAAGUCCAAAGACAGAAAAUUCAGUCCUCCCCAUUGGGGAAAGCCUAGUUCACUUUCAGAUAAACUUAUAAAUUCACCUGCUGACUUUGUUGGUACCAGAAAAAAGACAUUUAUUAUUGAUGAGGAUCAAGGGAACAAUUUAACAUCUAGGCUCCAAAAUGCAAAGUACAUAAAUAACAAGGUACAGCCUGCAAAUACUAUUAGUGUGGACCAAAAACUGGAAGUCAGUUUAGCUUCUAAUUCCUCCCCUGAUGGUGGUGGUAGUGGCGGUGGCUUAUUACAGAAGAAAUUGUUCACAAAACAGCAGUUCACAGAGAUGUCUGUGGAUGAUGACUGGCACAAAAAUAUAAUGAGGAUCUCUGUAAAUAAGAACAAAGAGAAUGCAAACAAAAACUCACAUGAGAGUGACUUUUCCAAUACGAAGAGCAAAGCUGAGUGGAAUGACUAUAUAUCUGGUUUUGGAAAUGCACUACCAGAUUUAAAACGAUCAUACUCAGAAAAGAGCCGUCCUGCUAAAGCAAGAGGCAGCAUGCCUCUGAUGCAAGAAGCAAACGAAAGAAGGGACCAGCACCAAUUGAGGCAAAGCUUCCCAUUGGAAAAUGAAGAAAACAGAUUGAAAAAGAGGAGUGCAUAUCAACAAGAAUCUUUCGCCCAUGAAAAUAAAAAGGACUCUGAAAAAGAAUGGACCAAGCAGCAUUCUGACAGAUCAGGUGGGAAAGACUUGACUGUAGUACCUAUCCAGAGAAGAAGCCAUAGCUUUUAUAAAGACCGAAGAGCACAUAACUGGACGGACUACAAUGAUGGGAGGAGUUUGAAAUAA